AGAGAAUUGGCAAAAUCUAUGCUAUGGUCACAAUCGAGAAGAACAAGGUGGGUUCAAAUGGCAUAUCUCUGACUUAGUCAGUUUCACCCUUGGCAGAUGCGAAACAAUGAUACGUUUCAUACUGCUGCAAAAUCGGGCUGGCAAGACGCGCCUUGCGAAGUACUAUGUUCCCCUUGAUGACAGCGAGAAGCGCAAUCUGGAGUACGACGUGCACCGUCUCAUAGCAACAAGAGAUGCUAAGUUCACCAACUUUGUUGAGUUCAAAACGAACAAGGUUAUCUACAGGCGGUAUGCUGGGCUUUACUUCAGUGUGUGUGUUGACGUGACUGACAACGAGCUGGCGUAUCUCGAGUCGAUCCACUUGUUUGUGGAGAUUCUGGACCAUUACUUCAGCAAUGUCUGCGAGCUGGAUCUGGUGUUCAAUUUUCACAAGGUGUACUUGAUCCUCGAUGAAUUUAUUAUGGGUGGCGAGAUUCAGGAAACGAGCAAAAAGGUGAUUUUGGAGCGGUUGGCAGAGCUUGACAGGAUAGAGACCUGAUAGCAACAGGCGGAGGACUGCAAUAUUUUGCUUCAAACUUUCAAUGAACGUGAUACUGUCGGUAUCAAUCCCACAUGGCAUAGGCCAGAGUCGGUAGCACGAUAGCAUGGGCAUUGUGGAUGCCUUCAGGAGCAUGGACUGUUGUGGCAAAAUGUUGUGAAAGGCAGUAAGGAACAUACGUAAGAGUCAACAUAGUGAAAUGCAUUUUCCACUCCAGCGAGGCAAAGGCAAUGCAAUCUAAUGGAUUCC